UACUACAAGAAGGUGAUCUACGAUGGGGGCGAGUUCGAGGCUGGGGAUGAUGUGUAUAUUAAGAGGAGAGAAGGGGCGGAGUCCGAUGAAGAAGAGCCUGAAGUCGAGGAGUGCCGGAUUUGUUUUAGGGUUGGGAGGUCGGUGAUGAUUGAGUGCGAUGAUUGCUUGGGUGGGUUCCAUUUGGGGUGCUUGAAGCCGCCGUUGAGGAAAGUUCCUGAUGGGGAAUGGAUCUGUGGGUUUUGUGAGAGGAGGAGGAAAGGGGAGGUUCUGGAGAUGCCGAGGCCGCCGGAGGGGAAGAAGUUGAGGAGAACAGCAAAGGAGAAGUUGUUGUCUAGUGAUUUGUGGGCUGCCCGGAUCGAAAGGUUAUGGAAAGAACCUGAUGGGAGCUUCUGGAUGAGAUGUCGUUGGUAUAUGAUUCCAGAAGAGACUGCGGUUGGGAGGCAACCUCAUAACUUACGAAGGGAACUUUAUCGCACAAAUCAUUCGAGUGACAUUGAGAUGGAAUCGGUCAUUAGGCACUGUUCUGUUUUGAACCCGAAGGAGUUCUCUGAAGCCAACAAUGAGGGAGAUGAUGUAUUUUAUUGUGAAUACGAGUAUGAUGUCCGUUGGCACAGUUUCAAGCGUAUUGCAGAUAUUAAUGAUGAUGAUGAUGAAGAGGAGAAUAAUGGAAGAACUGAGAAAGAUGAGGAAUGGAAAAUUUCCAAGGAUACAGGUUGUGAAACAGAUGACGAUUCAGAAAAUGAAGAUGUAGCUGCGGAAUCUACUUCUUGCAAGCAUCCGACUCAUGAGCUGGCUGCAAACUCACGCAAGGGAAGAGCAUUUGGCCUUCACAAGAUAGGAAUAAAGAAGAUCCCGGAGCAUGUACGUCGCCAUAAUCAAACUGAAUUGGAAAAGGCAAAGGCAACACUGCUACUGGCAACAUUGCCUAAAUCCUUGCCUUGCAGAAAUAAAGAAAUGGAUGAGAUAACUUCAUUCAUCAAAGGGGCCAUUUGUGACGAACAAUGUUUUGGGCGCUGCCUUUAUAUUCAUGGUGUUCCUGGAACUGGCAAGACGAUGAGUGUACUAGCAGUAAUGCGAAGUCUAAGGUCUGAAGUUGAUGCUGGAAGAAUGAAACCCUACUGCUUUGUAGAGAUCAAUGGUUUAAAACUGGCUUCACCAGAAAAUAUUUAUAAGGUUAUUUAUGAAGCAUUGACAGGAAAUAGAGUGGGAUGGAAAAAGGCUCUUAACUGUCUUAAUGAACGAUUUUCUGAUGGCAAUAGAGUAGGCAAGAAUCAGCCAUGUGUUCUACUAAUAGAUGAGCUUGAUCUUCUUUUAACUAGAAACCAGUCGGUGCUCUACAAUGUUCUUGAUUGGCCCACCAAACCACGCUCAAAUCUAAUUAUUAUAGGGAUAGCAAACACAAUGGAUCUUCCCGAAAAGCUACUUCCACGUAUUUCAAGCCGAAUGGGAAUUCAGAGAUUAUGUUUUGGGCCUUAUAAUUAUCAUCAGCUACAAGAAAUCAUAUCCACUCGUCUAAAAGGCAUUGAUGCAUUUCAAGACCAGGCUAUUGAAUUUGCUUCAAGGAAGGUUGCAGCUAUGUCUGGCGAUGCUAGGCGUGCCCUAGAAAUAUGUAGACGUGCAGCAGAACUAGCAGAUUAUCGACUUAAACACUCACCGACAUCAUCAUGUUCUAUGAAUGCUUCCUCUAAAGGAAAGUGUUCUGUUGGUAUGCCCGACAUUGAAGCUGCUAUUCAGGAAGUAUUUCAGGCACCACAUAUCCAGAUAAUGAAAACUUGUUCAAGACUGUGCAAAAUUUUGUUGGUGGCAAUGGUUCACGAACUCUACAGAAGUGGAGUGGCUGAAAUAACCUUUGAAAAGCUGGCAACAACUGUUUUCUCUCUGUGUUCAAGCAAUAGGGAACCAGUCCCUGGAUGGGAUAACCUACUGAAAGUAGGCUGCAAGCUUGGAGAGUGUAGAAUCAUUCUUUGUGAGGAAGGUGUGAAGCGCAGAUUACAAAAGCUGCAGCUGAAUUUCCCAAGUGAUGAUGUUGCUUUUGCACUGAAGGAUUGUCCAGAACUCCCUUGGUUAUCCAAGUACCUUUGAUCUCAGGAUUGGUGAUCUGCAUUCUGAAAGUUACUUGCUACGUCUUCUCAUAGUAA